UGACGUUUUUAAACUAAACGAGGCCUAAAUAGCGUGACAAAUUGUCCUUAAACAGUAGCGAAGCGACGCGACACGACAGAUUUGAUUAAAUGGUCGCAUUGCUCAUAUCGAAGAUCCAAGCACUCUCGCAUCUCCCCACGCUUGGAGAAGCCAGAAAUGACCGGCGUUGACCGUGGCCACCGGUCACCGCCGCCGCUGCCGUGGACGGUGCGCGUCCAGCUGGCCGCGCUCUCGGCGGCGCACCGCUCCGACGGCAGCGUGCGGCGCCUCCUCUUCUACCUCGGGGACCUCCACGCCGCCGCCAGCGCCCGCCCCGACGGCGGCGGCGUCCGCUCCGCCGACGUCACCAUCGACACCUCCCGCGGCCUCUGGGCGCGCGUGUUCGUCCCGUCUGCGGCGGGGGAGGCGGCGGCGGCGCUGCUUCCGGUCGUCGUCUACUUCCACGGCGGUGGAUUCGUGCUCUUCUCCGCGGCGUCGCGCCCCUACGACGCGCUCUGCCGCCGCUUCUGCCGCGAGCUCGGAGCCAUCGUGGUGUCGGUGAACUACCGGCUCGCCCCCGAGCACCGCUUCCCCGCCGCCUACGACGACGGGGUCGCCGCCCUCCGCUACCUCGACGCCAACGGCCUCCCGGCCGAGCUCGGCGUCGCCGUCGACCUCUCCAGCUGCUUCCUCGCCGGUGACAGCGCUGGGGGGAACAUCGCGCAUCACGUGGCCCAGCGAUGGGCCUCCACCUCCGCAGCGUCGUCAGCCCCGCCGGUGUCGCUCCGGCUCGCCGGCGUCGUGCUGAUACAGCCCUUCUUCGGCGGGGAGGAGCGGACAGAGGAGGAGGUGGCGCUGGACAAGGCGAGCCUCUCCCUGUCGCUGGCGAGGACGGAUUACUUCUGGCGCGAGUUCCUGCCGGACGGCGCCACCCGGGACCACGCGGCGGCGCGCGUGUGCGGCGACGGCGUCGAGCUGGCGGACGCGUUCCCGCCGGCGAUGGUGGCCGUCGGCGGGCUGGACCUGCUCGGGGGCUGGCAGGCGAGGUACGUGGAGACGCUGCGCCGGAAGGGGAGGCCGGUGCGGGUGGUGGAGUACCCGGACGCCAUCCACGGCUUCCACGCCUUCCCGGAGCUGGCCGACUCCGGCAAGCUCGUGGAGGAGAUGAAGCUGUUCGUCCGAGAGCAUAGCCGCACCAAGCGUAUUGCUUAGCUAGAUUUGUUUAGCCCAACGCAACGAGUCGCGUUCUGAAUUCCAUGCGAACAUGCUGGUUUCUGCGCAAUUUGCGAAAAAAAUUUAAAUUUCGACAGAUUGGGACACGCACUUGAAUAAACAGUGUGGGGUUGUGUAAGCCAGAAAGGUCCCACCAGGUUGUUUUAAAUUUGGCUUGUUUUAGAGAAAUCUUUUCAUGUUGUUGACAAAUUUCGUAAACCUGGCAUUUCUAUACAACUAGCCUGAAACUAGGCAUGUUCAAAUCCGGGGUCGGGUCGAAAAAAGGCCAACCAAAGCAUAAUAAUCAGCAGAAAACAAAGAUCAGGC